AUGUACCGGGUGUCACAGAGCGCAUGCCUCCUGCUGUACUUAGCUCAGCUAGUUAUACUGGGUCAGUCAACCGACUUAUCCGGGCAGCUUAACUCGCUUUCGUCUUCAUCUAAUCGAGACAAAAGGGAAACCGAUGAUGACUUUGAAGACAAUGUAGCAAAACGAUCUAGGGAGCUCGUUGGCAAGCGUUCAGAUGCCGAAGGAAUAACUGGAGAUGAAACAUUAGAGAAAAGGCUUAUGCCCUACGAUGAACUUGAAAAACGUUUGAGACAUUUCAUCGGAAAACGAACUGACGAUGAGCAACAGUUCGAGAAAAAAGCAAGGAGUCGAGGACGAUACUUCUUGGGAAAACGAACAGAUGACGACGACGAUGGAGAAAAACGAGCAAGAUAUUUCUUAGGGAAACGUGACGACGAGGACAUUGACGAAGAAAAACGAUACCGGUACUUCCUUGGUAAAAGAGAUACCGACGAUUUACUAAAGAGGAGAUAUUAUUUCCUCGGUAAAAGGCCUGUCUUGUUGGAUGACGACUUCGAAAAAAGGCGGCGAUUUUUCUUAGGAAAAAGGAGAAGAUUCUUUCUUGGAAAAAGAGAUUCAACUUAUAACAACGAUUUAAUAGCUCAGUCUGGCGGCUUUGGCGAGGGUAGUUAUGUCGAAGAUUCAUCCCAAAACGGACUUAGAGAUUUCAUACAAAAACGAAUGAGAUACUUUCUAGGCAAGCGCUCAGAUGAAUUAGACGGGCAGAACUUGGAAACGGAAAAACGCUUCGCAAGACAUUUUCUAGGGAGGUAA